AUGUUAGAUAUAAACAAUCUUUCAAAACUAAAAGUAACAGAAUUAAAAAAAGAACUUGAAAAUAGAGGUUUUGAAAAAACUUCUGGUUUAUUAAAAGCAAAUUUAAUCGAAAAACUAAAAGAACUUUUAUUAAAGGAACAAACAACCCAACAAGAAGAAGAAUUCGAAACGGAAACAGGAGAAACAAAUAAUGAAAAAUUAGAAAAAGAGAAUUUAGAAAAAGAUAAACUAGAAAAAGAGAAAUUAGAAAAAGAGAAAUUAGAAAAAGAGAAAUUAGAAAAAGAGAAAUUAGAAAAAGAGAAAUUAGAAAAAGAGAAAUUAGAAAAAGAGAAAUUAGAAAAAGAGAAACUAGAAAAAGAGAAACUAGAAAAAGAGAAACUAGAAAAAGAGAAAUUAGAAAAAGAAAAAUUAGAAAAAGAGAAACUAGAAAAAGAGAAAUUAGAAAAAGAGAAAUUAGAAAAAGAGAAAUUAGAAAAAGAGAAAUUAGAAAAAGAGAAAUUAGAAAAAGAGAAAUUAGAAAAUGAAAAGAUAGAAAAAAAUAAUAAAGAAAAAGAUAAUGAAAAAAAAUUAGAGGACCACACCUCAAAGAAAAGAAAAUAUGAUGAUAUCAACAAAAAUGAUAAUAGUAAUAAUAUUAAUAAUAAAGAAAAAGAUAUUGAAUCUUUAAAUAAAAAAGUUCACACAUCAGAAAACAUUAAUGAUGAAUCAAAAUGCACUAUUUUAAUUACCAAAUUAGUUAGACCCUUCAGAGUUGAUGCAUUUGAAAAAUUAAUUAAUCAAUAUGGCCAAGGAACAGAACACUACUGGUUAAACAAUAUAAAAUCAAAAGCAUAUGUUACAUUUUUCAAUUCAAAUGAUGCCGCCAUUGCUAUGAAAUCGCUUGAUGGUUUAACAUGGCCAGAAUUAAAUAGAACCAAGCUUGUGGUUGAAAGUUCAACACUAGAAGAGUCAGAGUAUCAAAAAAAGAAAGAAUUAGGACUUCUUACAAAUGAUAAUAGUAAAAAUACAAGACAACCACCAAAAGAUAACCCAAAAGAUAACAACCAAUCACAACAACUUACAAAAGAAUCACCAUCAUAUACUAAUAAAUCAAUUGACUCAUUAUUUUUUAAAACCAAAGCUGAACCCUCAAUAUAUUGGUGCCUAAAUUCCAAAUCACAAACAGAUGACAGAAAAAGAGUACAUAAAAGUAAAAGAAGAGUCAAUUAUAACAACAAUAGUUACAAUAGAAGGUCUCAUUAUUAUUAA